AUGUCAAGCUGUCUCCUAGGACAAGGAAAACCUGCAGGGCAGCCUCCACUCCUGCUCCAGGGGACAACGCUGGAAAAGAACAUGGAGGGUGCAGCUCAUGCUGACGUGGAGUUCGUGUCCUCUCUGGCAGAAAAAAUCUCUCUGUUGGAACAAAAAAUAGAGAAACAAGCACAAGAAAUCCAGCUGAAGGACAGGAGGAUUGCUGAACUGGAGGAGAGGAUAAAGACUCUUGAAGAAGGAGAAGAUGCUUCUGACUCAUCCACCACAGAAGAACUGGAAAUGAGGUGCCUUCAGCUGCAGAGCCAGGUCGGGGAGAUGGAGCGGUUCCUGAAUGACUAUGGUCUGAUUUGGGUCGGAGAGACAAGGCACCAGCUGGAAGAUACAGAAUCACUCCAGGAUGAGGAGGAGCUGGCAGCAGGGAACCUCUGCAGGCCAGGUAAAGCUGUUGUUUGCAAAGCCCAGAUCGAUUUUGAUUUAAUCUUGGAGAACAUUAAGGAUUUGAACUCGCUGGUCGGAGAGGGCAUUUCUCAGAUCGAGCACACGCCCCGGGGGGCUCGGCUGAGGUGGCCAGAGCCCCUCCCUCUCACCCUGUACCAAAAUGGGAUCAUCGUGGGACACGGAGCCUUCCAGCCCUACCAGCACCCAGCCACACAGCAAUGCCUGCAGGACAUCAUGGAUGGAUAUUUCCCCUCUGAGCUGCAGCAACGCUACCCCGAAGGUGUCCCCUUGCAGGUCACUGACAGGAGGGAUGUGGUGUUUCAGAAGCCAGACCCUCCAGGGAGUUUUCCUGGCCUUGGCCACGUGGUGGGUACUUCAGAAUCCAACCAAGUGCAGGAAACCUCCAAGAUCCCAGGUCCCAGAUCUUCCUCGGAGCAGGUUCCCAAUGAGCUCUCUAAGCCCCCAGAGCACAGAGGGAGAGUGGGCAGUGCCCGAGGUGUGGCUGGAGCAGCACCACAGGGCUCUGGUGGGCAGCAGAACGGCAAAGAAAUCCUGCUGGAAACACCUGGGCUGGCUGCCCUGGAAAGGUGCAGGGUGAAGCCUGCUGAGGAGGCUGGAGCUCCUGGCCCUGAUUUCUGCACCCUGCGCAUCAGAUCCGAGAGCGGGGAGCAGACGUUCGAGGUGAGGAUGCUGCUCUCAGACACCGUCGGGGACCUACGCCAGCACCUCGCCCACAUCAGGGGUGGAAACUCGGACUCAUAUGAGAUCAUCAGCACCUUUCCCCAGAGGGUGUACGCGGACAACUCCAGGAGCCUGCAGGAAUGUGGGCUGGUUCCCAGUGCUUCCCUGCUGCUGAGGAGGAGAGACCCCUCCCAGAAAACAGCCUAA